UAUCGAUCAGCAAUGCCGCACAGACUUUUGCGCGCCGAAAUAUGCGUGCGACAGCUUUAACCUAACCACUUCGGUGGAAAGCGGAUUUCUGUUCAAUACGGUGUCAGGGGUACCAGGGAAGACGGGGCCGAGCUUUGUUUGAUUUCGGGUGGAUGAGGUUGGGGUUUUGUUCGUUUUUCUCCAUCUAAGGUUCGUGCCUAGAGUUCAGCUGUAUGUAGUGUUUCGACAAAAGUUUUGUUGACUUAGAGGCAAACAUUCCUAGCUUGUAUUGGGCAUCGAGUUAAUUUGGCUUGGCAUGACGGCCUUUACGAUCGACUUUUUAUGUAUGUCUGCAUUUAUCUGCAAUUGUCGGAGGGCAAACAAAAUAAUAAUAGCGGGGAUAUGGUUCGAACAGCUUGGAGGAGAUCGUCCAGCAACGAACCAGACAUUGCGAAUGCAGUAAGGGCAAAGCAGAAACGUCGCUCAACAGAGACCUCUGGAAUCGACGUACCGCAGAUCACGAUAGGGUAG